AGAGUGAGUGACUGGAAGAAACGUACCGACACAUAUAGCCAGCGCAAAUUCUAUUAGAAACAUUUUCUCUGACCGGUCAUUGAGGUUUUGAAUAUCCCUCUUCAAUCAACUGCGAAGACUGGACCAGUUGAUUUAUUUUUUCUAAUCUGUAAACUAAAAUUGGGCAUGACCAUGGGGGCCAGGCUGUGGGUGUAGCCACUGAGACAGCUGGGGGAGAGCGAGAGAGGAGGAAAGGCAAGCCAGCACCAGCCAAGCAGCCUGCACUCCUGCCGGGGAAGAUGGGGGAGACCGAGGAGGAGAAGGACCAGGCAGGGAAGCUGUUUGAGAAUUUCAUCCAAGCCUCCACCUGUAAGGGCACCCUGCAGUCCUUCAACCUCCUGUGCAGGCUGCUGGAUCUAGACCCUCAGGACCAUGAGACGUUCUACUGUAGUCUGAAGACCAGGCUCACCUCCUGGAGGGCCAAGGCCCUCUGGACCAAGCUGGACAAGAGAACCUGCCACAAGGAGUAUAAGAAGGGCCAGGCUUGUGUGGGCACCAAGUGCCUGAUCAUUGGCGGAGGUCCAUGUGGCUUGCGGACGGCCAUCGAGCUGGCUCUGCUGGGGGCCAAGGUGGUGGUGAUUGAGAAGAGGGACACCUUCUCCAGGAACAACGUGUUGCACCUGUGGCCCUACACCAUCCACGACCUCAAGGGCCUCGGGGCCAAGAAGUUCUACGGCAAAUUCUGCGCUGGAGCCAUAGACCACAUCAGUAUUCGUCAGCUCCAGCUCAUGCUGCUGAAGAUCGCCCUGCUCGUAGCUGUGGAGUUCCAUGUCAAUGUGGAGUUUGUCAAACUGCUGGAACCUCCAGAGAACCAGGAGAAUGACGGGCCUGGCUGGAGAGCUGAGAUCAGGCCUGCCGAUCACCCCGUGGCAAACAUUGACUUUGACGUGGUGGUGGGCGCUGAUGGGAGGAGAAAUACCCUGGAAGGGUUCAAGAGGAAGGAGUUCCGUGGUAAGCUGGCUAUCGCCAUCACGGCCAACUUUGUCAACAGGAACACCACGGCCGAGGCCAAGGUGGAGGAGAUCAGCGGUGUGGCCUUCAUCUUUAACCAGAAGUUCUUCCUGGACCUCAAAGAGGAGACAGGUAUUGACCUGGAGAACAUUGUGUACUACAAGGACAACACACACUACUUUGUCAUGACAGCAAAGAAGCAGAGCCUACUGGACAAGGGUGUCAUCAUUCAUGACUACAUAGACACAGAGAUGCUGCUGAGCAGUGAGAAUGUGAACCAGGAAGCUCUGCUGGGUUACGCCCGUGAAGCUGCUGACUUUGGCACCAAUUACCAGCUUCCCACGCUGGACUUUGCCAUAAAUGCUUGUGGCCAGCCGGACGUGGCCAUGUUUGACUUCACCAGCAUGUAUGCCUCGGAGAACGCAGCGCUGGUCAGAGAACGCUUCGGACAUCAGCUACUGGUGGCACUGGUUGGGGACAGCUUGUUAGAGCCAUUCUGGCCAAUGGGUACAGGGUGUGCGAGAGGCUUCCUGGCUGCUUUUGACUCUGCCUGGAUGGUGAAAAGGUGGGCUGAGGGCAGGACCCCUCUGGAGGUGCUAGCUGAGAGGGAGAGUCUUUACAGAAUCCUGCCGCAGACAACCACUGAAAACAUUGGCAAAAACUUUGAGCAGUACACCAUUGACCCUGGGACUCGGUAUCCCAACCUCAUCUCCACCUGUGUCAGGCAAAACCAGGUGCGUCACCUGUACAUCAAUGGAGAGCUGCCAGUGAAGUCGUGCUCUCUGGAGCGUAAUGGUACAAUACGUCGCCCUGUGAACCUGGCCAGACGAGAGUCGGAGAUCAGGCCGGGCAGACUGCUGACGUGGUGUCAGAAACAGACCGAGGGCUACAGGAACGUGAGCGUGACAGACCUGACCACCUCGUGGCAGAGCGGCCUGGCUCUCUGUGCCCUCAUCCACCGGUUCAGAUCCCACCUCAUAGAGUUUGAUUCGCUGAAUGAGGAGGAUUCGGCUAACAACCUCCAGCUGGCAUGUGACCUGGCUGAGCGGGAGUUUGGCAUCCGGCCCUUCACCACUGGGGUGGAGAUGGCUGCUGGUCAGGAACCAGACAAGACCAGAAUGGUCACCUACCUCUCCAAGUUCUACGAGCUGUUCCGUGGCACCCCACUGCCCGUCUCAGAUUCUAGAGGGGCCGACGAAAACAGUGAAGACUAUCCUUCCAAGGCAGUCAGAAGUAUGAACAAAGUUCUGAACUUGGUACCAAGAAAAAGGGUACCAAAGGAUGAGAAGAAGCUAGAAGAUACUGACCCAACGUACAAAAGGAGACGAAAAGUCUGCAGUUAUUUGGAAGAGGCAACCAACUUCUCCAGUCAGAGUGCGUCCUGUGUGGGUGAGGGGAGGGGGGUUAAGGAGAACAAGGUCCGCUCCAUGGCCAGCCAACUCCUGUCCAAGUUUGAGGAGAGCAACCCCAGCUUCACCCUCCGGAGACAGUCUCAGUGUGAUUGGGGUUCUGAGAGGGCCCCUCGGCCACGCUCCAUGGACAUGACUGAGACCCCACGCUUCACCAACCUCAGGCAGCAGACCCCACUAAACCCUCCCCCCAAGACACAGUUUCCGUCUGCAACCUGUGCCAAAUUUGCAGCUGAGUGCAUCGCUCGGCCCCCACCACAGCCUCCUCCCAAACCCAAGCUCUCUCCCCAGCUCCAAGCCCGGCUUCAGUCUCAGCACCAGCCCCAACCCCAGUUCCAGCCUCAACCUAAGCUCCAACCCCCAUCCAUCCCAAAUCCCACCCUCAGGAAGGUCAGACAGGCUGAUCAGACAUGUGCUCAGACGCAACCUCAGACGCUUCCUCAAAAUCCAGAGAGCUCAGAGUACCCUGGCUACUCUUCCUCCUGCCACUCAGCGGUCCUAGCUAUGUCUAGAAUGCUCCAACGCCUUCAGGAAGUGGAGGAAAAGAUCACCCAGAAGAAAGCUCAGACCCAGAAUGCUAGAGAGUUUCAUAAUAAAAGUAUCAAGGAGAAAGCGGUCCACCUGAGAGCACUGUUCUCUGGGGAUGUGACCUCUACGUCCCAGGCCAUUCCCUCAGAGUCUGAUCCCAUCCUCCCUAAACCCAGCCCAGAAAUCACCGUUUCUACCUUCUCACCUCCUCAUCCCUAUUCCUCAUUCUCAUCCUGUCUGCCCCAACCUCAGUCUGGAUCUGCUAGACAGAGUCAGACCAUUCCCUCACCUCACAUCCUCCCUGCUCCCCAUCCUAAAAUCUCUUCAUCAGUACUUUGUCCAGAAAUCACCCUUUCUACAUUUUCACCCCCUCAUACAUAUUCUCCAUCUUCCUCCUCUUCCUGUCUACUUCAACAUCAGACCAGUCAAUCUGGGGCACUAGAUAUGCAGCUUUGUAAGAAGGAAAUGCAAAGAGAUCCCUUGAAUGAGUCACAUGUGUGUCACAGCAGUGGCUCCACAUAUAUAUCCCAACAACAACGCACUGCAAUACUACAACCAAAGCCAGAACCUGGUUUUAAUAACGUCAAACAGAGGACGGUGGGGAAGGUGUCUCUGGCUAUAGCAGCCAGGGCUGAGACGCUGGUCACCCUCUAUGAGACUGACCACAGGCCUAAAGCCUCCUCCCCCUGUUCACCCCCAGCCUCUGCGCCCCUGUCUCCGGGUUCCUUGCGGAGGGAGUUCCCCAGGUCUGGUGACCAGUGUCACUCCUGUCAGAAGCGUGUGUACGUGGUGGAAAGGAUCAGUGCUGAGGGACUUUAUUUCCACAGGGAGUGCUUUCGCUGUGACACCUGUGGCUCCAUCCUGCGCCAGGGAGGCCAUGCCUUCGACUCUGAGCAGGGCAAGUUGUACUGCAAGCUGCACUUCACACAACGUAAAAAUGGAAUGAACCAUCGGAGGACAUUCAAUUCACAUCUGGGUCAGAAUGGAGCCGGGGUUCAGGAGGGAUCAGGGACACAGACUCCUGAUUGUGACACAACAGAAGGACGGCAGAGCCAGUCACCAGGUACCAUCAGCUCCCGCCUGAGGAAGUGCCUGAGCUGGCCCCUGAGUGUGACCCGGGUUGUGUGUGACUCCCCCCGCCUCCUGUCUCGCUGGGUGCAUGGUACGGCCCAGGCUGUGGGCCUCCACUUUAGAGCCAAUGUGGAGGACUAUGUCUUCCUGUAUGAGCUGCUGAGCCUGGGAGUGCCCCUGCUGUUCAUGCUCCAGGAGGUGCUGCUGCAGAUGUACUCUGAAACCGGGCCUAUCUCCCAGUCCAUCCAGCCCCUACUGCUGUGGCUGGAGGAACACCUAGGCCAUAGGCUCAUGUAGAGGCCCACCAGGGAGGGAAGCCUAAUCCUAACCCUAACCCGAUCCCUUUCCCUAUCCCUAACCUUCAUGCAAUAGGGUCUGAAGCCUGGCCGAACAUUAACUGGCGUAUCUUGCAUUUGUGCCAUGUCAUAUGAUGGCAAGCUACCGUUUGACCAUGUGUACAAGCACCUUGUUAAUAUUUUCUCACAGAAUACGUAGCUGUCAGUGCAUUAGAUCUAGUCCUACACCAACCAAAGAACAAAUAACAUUUUCCAAGUGGUAGCUUGGUUUGUGAUACGUGCAAUGUUUUCAUGAACAUGACAUUUUUCUUUAUGAUGAGGGGUAAUGUGCUGUACAUGGUUUCAUGGUGGUCUAAAUCAUUUACGGUAUGUGGUUGAUAUGACUGCUGAAAUCAUCCAAUCUAUAUUGCUCUAGAGUUGAGUCUUUCAACAACUGGCUGUCAAAGUCGAGCCAGUUUUUACAUGGCUUAACUCAGGUUAUGACAGAUUUUUUUGUGUGGAAAAAGUAAUCUAAAUGAAAAGACUGACUUGAAGCACUUUAACUUGGGGAGCUGCCUUGAUCUGUGGCUGAUGCCUGAUGAAUGGUGUGGGAGUUAAUGGCUGCCUAAUGGCUGUCCAGGCCUUGGAUAAUGACUAGUGCUGACGCUGCACGUUUACUAAACCCUGCUGAACUCACAGGUCAGGGUCGGGGUCUGGGUCGGGGGCCAACGUGGAUCUGUGCUCGACAAGGUUUUCUCAUCUUUUUUUCAAUUUCAAUAUUGUUUGACACAAAUUAAAAUGUUUUUAUUGUAAGAUCUCGUAUGACACCGUGACCAUAGUGUACUUUCGCUACACAUUAUGAUAACUUUUAUUGCUUUAUUUUAUGGCCCAGUGCCUCCAGUAUUUUUGUGCAUUGUCUGUUGUACUUAAAAAAGGGGAAAAGGUUUCAUGAACAUGGGCUUUGGUUUACUACUCCAGUUCAUGGACUGUUUAAUGCUUACUCGUUGCUGCCACCUGUUGGUGAAACAGAUGCAAGGCCAAAUUCUAUUUACUGUAUGAUCAGGUGGAAUAAGAGACAAUCUUCUAAAGAGUUGUUGUAUGCUUGUAAUAGAGGGGGUUCUUUUUCAUUUGUAUUAUUUGUACAGGUCUAUUUCACUUCAAUAUGUUUUUCAGAUUGUUAAGAAUAUUGCUGAAUUGAAUUGUUCAGAAGGGCUGAAUUACAUUUACAUUACAAUUAAGUCAUUUAGCAGACGCUCUUAUCCAGAGCGACUUACAAAUUGGUGCAUUCACCUUAUGACAUCCAGUGGAACAACCACUUUACAAUAGUGCAUCUAAAUAUUUUAAGGGGGGAGGAGGGAAUCAGACAUGAUAACACAGGCUAUGUUUGAAUGCUGUGGUGUGUAUGUGCUUGCCACUCAUCUCACUGUUAAUAACCAUGUUAAGUAUGAUAGCAGGAUCUCAGCUUUAUUACCAAUACAAAUUCCAAAGAUACAGUUGGUGCACUUUAAAAAUGAGAAGUGUUUUCAGCCCUAACCAGAAGUUACAUCAUUCAUGCAGUACACUGUACAGUGCUAAAUUGCAUGUUGUUGAAUAGCACAAUCUCAUGUUAUCUAACAAUUACAAAGUUUCUAUGCAUUUGAACUGGAUUUGAUCCUUCCUCUGAUUUUUCUCUAUAUUCUAACCUACUAUAUUUCCUUCCUUUCAUUUCUAUUCUUGUUCACUUGGAAGUCUAUUUUCAACUUUCUGAAGAUGGGCCUCCUGAUUGGUUAGGAGACAUGCCAUUCUGAAGGUGAUCACCUGCAUGGUCACAUGGUUUUGUGAACAAUGUUUUGGAGUGGAUGCUUUGUUAGAUUAGUCCAAUUACUGUCAGCAUUUCCACACACAAGUAAAAAAUGCUUCUGACCCCUGUGUUUGAGCUACCGACAGCAGUUUUUAGCAUAGGAUUUUUCUAUUUCGUCUGCAUCCGCCGAUAUUAGACCCCAAAAACGAUUCUUCUCACAGAAAUGUCUAAUCUACAAACUAUUAUGACCGUACUCUGAAAGGCUGAGAUACUCACAAACACGUAAAUGUAAUCUGGUCUGCUCUAUGACGCCCAUAAGCCAAUCAAGAGUUGUUAGGAGGUAAGAGGUUCUUCUUAGUAGAUCAUAGGAAAUCUCAGGACAUAGUGUCUAUAAACUCACAUAGUUGCUGUCACAAACUCCAUACUCCACACAGUUGUCACUGACUAGUUGGAUAUUAAUUUCCCACUAAGCAAACCAUUUUUGAAUUUACAAUUGUAAUUAUUAUAUACUCAUUUUUAAUCAGCUUUUUUUGAGGCUGGACCUUGUUUUUUUAUAGACAUUUCUCAGUAAAACUCAUGAAUGCAACUGUUUAUGUCAAAUGUUAUGUUCUACUUGUAGCCCUGGUUGUCCUGAAAAUAAAAUGGUAAAACACGUCAAUGUGAGGCUAAAUAUGUGGGAUUCCCUGGAACCUAUGAAGUUAUUAAACUACUAAUGUCCGUGUCCUGCACCCCCAGCAGAUCCAUAACUACAGCACACACUUGUUAUAGGUUGAAACGCAUCAUAAUACCAUGAUGUUCAAAGUCACACCUUCUAAGAGACUGUCUUUUCAGUGUCUGCAUGCAUAACAAGGAAACUGUGGUGUUCGGACUGCAUUGGUCUUCCCGAGUGCAUGUUGAACGAUUGACAGACAGCAUUCUGUCAUGUAAAGGCUUUUUCUCCCAUCUUUUGCCAUCUUUCUUUCUCUCUUACAGACACUGUCACCCAGGAUAACUUUUUCGUGUCCCACACAAACAAAGGGAAUGAAUCUCCCAACAGGUUCAUAGCUCAUGUUGUCUUAAAUGAAUACAUGGAACAAUGUUUUAUGGGACUUCAAAUGCAGCCUGCUUUUCUCAUGGAGAUUCUGUGUUGCUUUAUGUAUGACCUAAAGCAACAAAUGUAAAUAAAGUGAUUUGUCAUCUUGA